UGAGUCGUACGGUGUAUAUAACCGGUGUCAACAAAUUCCAUGUUUAGUAUCCACGAAAAAAAAACGUGUGUUGUUGUAACAUAAUUCUGUUUUUAUACAAUUCUCGGCGAGCUCGUGCUGCUCGGCGCUUAAUAGUGACGUCACGCGUUUGACAUUGGCGUGGGCUGAGCGAGAAGGGUAACACUAUUCUAACUUUAUUCCUUCAAAAGCAACAUUUGGGCUGUUCGCGCUUGGAUUUAUUUACGUUUUAAUUGUGGUAUUUCUGCUAGUGAUGGCGAUGCAUUUGUUUUCAAAGUCGCUCUUGGGGCUCAUCGUGGAAAAUUCGUGCUUAAUGCAGCAGAAGACAUUCAGUCUGUCGGCUGUGGCAGCUGCCAUUCAGAAGAUGACCAGAGUGAGAGUUGUGGACAACAGCACACUUGGAAGCACAGGAUACCGUCGGCCGCCAAGAGUGAUCCAUGUCUACACCAAGAAUGGUAUCGGAAAAGUUGGAGAUAAAGUAUUGCUGGCCAUUAAAGGACAGAAGAAGGCAGCGCUUAUCGUCGGUCACAAAAUGCCCGGAAAACCAAUGACUCCACGCUUUGAUUCAAAUAAUGUUGUUCUGCUCGAGGAAAACGGGAACCCAACAGGAACAAGGAUUAAGGUCCCCUUACCCACACAUUUACGUAAAUUGGAAGGGGACUACUCAAAGGUGUUGGCAAUCGCAAAUUCUUUUGUUUGAAAGGAUUGAUUUCUCCACUUGUCAGUCACUUUGUGAAUUACAUAACUAUAUGUAUGGUAACAGGCUGAAGUUUUGUUGACACUGCUCUCUGUGCUUACAAUAAAUAUGGCCUUUGCCGUAAAUGCA